CAUCAGCCCAGCCAUCGUGUGCGCAUGAAAGAAUGGCUCAACUGGAUUCCAAAGUCGCCUCGAUUGUCGACCGCGCCACAAGGGACGAUGAUUCAGACGAAGACGGCCUAAUUGCAUCCCUAGAAGAUGACUCAGAACUCGAUGCCUUUCGAGAGCAGCGACUACAACAGCUCCAUGCCGAGUACAGCAGAGCGCAGCAAUUAAAAGCUAGCGAGCACGGCACGUACACUGAGAUCAAAGAUGAGAAGGCGUUGAUGAAUAUCACGACCAGCACGAAAUUGUGUGUUGUUCACUUCUUCAAGCCGGACUUCAACCGCUGUCGGGUUAUGGACACACAUCUUGAGUCUUUGGCGACGUCUCAUUACGAGGCCCGCAUACUCAAAAUCAACGUCGACAAUUGCCCUUUUCUUGUCACUAGGUUAGGCAUCCAAGUCUUGCCAUGUGUCAUUGCUUUCAUCGAUGGCGUAGGAGCUGAUCGCAUCAUUGGAUUCGAAGGACUAGGAAGGACUUCAGAGAGUUUUACGACUAGGGAUCUGGAAGCAAGGCUCAUACGGGCUAAUGUGCUUGCGAGGAACAAGGUCAACGAUGAAGAUGAAAGGAGGAGGGUGCAGAAGAGUAAGGCGAAGCAGCAGGAAGACGAGGAAGAUGAUUGGGAGGACUGAAAAGCUGUUGGCUGUACGGUCAGUUGCGUCAGCUCGCCCCAUCCGUCUACUGCGCGGCUUAUUUCCGGAAUGCAUUCAGCAGAAGUCGGGAAAACAGGACUGAUUCAAUUAAACAGUGCAUGCAUUACGCCAGCUGCGAUGGGUUUGUGCACAUGUUCGAGAUCUAAUUGGGUAACAGUCAUGGUCCCCAUACAAGCGAUUGCCUGGAGAGCAAGCAAAAGUACGCUUCCAGUUGGCCCUUCGUAGGCUAGAGCUCGACCAGGCUAUAUCAAGGCUAUGCAAAUUAACGGGGAGAUCACAGUUCCCGUAGUCGAAUAGCAAAACAUAUACACAAAUCGCGGAAGCAGUUGACUUGCAGACGAUGAUUUGUUGAAAAGCUCAGCUGAUGC